AUGAAAAGGGAAUAUGCGGAGUUUUUUGCGGAGUACGAAGCUCUACAACAUAUGAUUAAAACUCCAAACGCCGACGAGUUCCCAAAUUAUAUAUAUUCCUCAUCAUCCGGUAGUUCGAGCGACCAGUUCAACUACGCGACCGAUGUGGCUAAGAUGUAUCGCCAAAUCCUUAUUGAUGAGCGCGAUCGUGAUUACCAGCGAAUUCUUUGGCUCGACGGAGGGUCAAAAGUUAAGGAAUAUCAACUAUGUACCGUGACGUACGGAACAACUCCGGCACCAUUUUUAGCUCUGCGAGUGUUAGAACAAUUAGUUAAAGACAAAGGUCAUGGGUUUCCGUUAGCUGCAUCGGUGUUGAGGGAGAACGUUUACGUGGAUGAUUUCCUGUUCGGGGCCGAGGACAUCCCCUUGCUGCGUCAGACGCGAAAUCAAGUGUGCGAUCUCCUAAAGAGGGACGGUUUCAUCCUGCGUAAAUGGGCGAGCAAUCAACCCAAAUUGCUCUCAGAUAUUCCGCCUGAGAAUCACGGUUUAGCUGGUGAUAAAAUUCUCGCGCUUAACGAUAACAUCACGGUUCUAGGAAUCACGUGGAAUCCCACACGCGAUAGCUUUCAAUUUAGCAUCGCUUUAGCAAUUCCCACCACGAAGCGGGCCGUUCUAUCGACUAUCGCGAAGCUUUUCGAUCCUCUCGGUUGGGUCACACCGGUCACCCUCGCUGCCGAGGUAUUUAUGCAGCAAUUGUGGCGCCUUAAGUUGCAAUGGGAUGACAUCAUCCCGGAACAAAUCGGUUAUGAUGCCGACACCGCGCAUCUCGAGAGCCACGGCUUCGCCGACGCGUCCACGGUCGCGUACGCUGCGGUCGUUUACCUACGCGUCACGUCACUAUCCGGAAUGAUCGUUACCACCCUACUGGCAGGUAAAUCAAGGGUAUCCCCUCUCAAGCCCAUGACGAUUCCGCGAUUGGAAUUGUCCGCUGCGAUUUUGCUGUCGAGACUCAUCGAAUUUGUUGGCAACUCUCUUAACUUAACUCUUUUAACUGUUCCGUGUUACUGCUGGACGGACUCUACCGUUACAUUAACCUGCCUCAGCAGACAUCCAUCUCAAUUAAAAACCUUUAUCGCGCAUCGAAUCGCCGAUGUUCAAGCGAGACUGCCUGAUGCUGCUUGGGCUCACGUGUCGACAAAUGACAAUCCUGCGGAUUAUGCGUCCCGGAGGCUGCUCGGAAACCAGCUAAAUUCUUGUGAGAAAUGGUGGCGAGGACCAUCGUGGCUCACUCUCUCCUCAUCCGAGUGA